AUGGCGAACACGCUGAUGCCAUUCGAUACUGAGGAUGUCGUGCUCAAGGGUCGCGUCCCACGCGGAUUUCGUGGAAGUAUGAUCGGCAAACUUCCUGAGCAGAUGAACAUCGACGCACCAUUGCCAAACAUGUCCAUCCACCACACCGGCUUGACCGAUAAGGUCCUGGAAUAUCGAGCUCCUCACGAGCAGGUCAAAGAAUUCAAGCCCGAAGCCGACCGCGCAGGCUUCGCAGAUCCUGCCAAGAAAAGCCUCUUGGAAGCAGCCACAAAGAUCACCAAGUUGACGCCCUAUAUCGGAACUCAUCUUGAGGGCGUGCAGCUCAGCAAGUUGACGGAUGCGCAGAAGGAUGAGCUGGCUUUACUAGCGGCCGAACGCGGUGUUGUCUUUUUCCGUGAUCAGGACAUCACCAUCGACGAGCAGUAUGAGUUGACGAGACAUUUCGGUCUUCAGGACCGAGAUCCGAAUCAGGUUGACCCUCGUCAUGUGACGAUUCUUGGUCGCGAUGGUGAUAUUCGUGCUGCCGCCAACUUCGGAGCAGACUUCCAUUCCGACCACUCUUUCGAGGCAAACCCACCAGCGUACACCAUGCUUCGCCUUGUUCGAACUCCGGAGACGGGUGGCGAUACCAUCUUCUCAUCUCAAGCGGCCUUGUAUGACAAACUCAGUCCCCAUUUCCAGAAUCUGUUCGAGAAGCUGGACGCCGUGCAUACCUCAGAGCACACCUUCAUCAACUCGAUCAACGGUGGAGGGGCGCCAUUCCGUGGGCCAGUCAGGAGAAGCCAUCCUCUAGUCCGGACACACCCCGUGACGCGGGUGAAAUCCUUAUUCUAUAACCCAUCCUUCGUGUUGACCUUGGAGGGCUUGAAGGGGGCGGAGUCGCACCAUACCUUAGCGUUUCUCAGAGAACAUCUCCACGCCGCAGACGAUCUGACGGUGCGCUGGAAAUGGGAGCCAGGUAGUGUAGCGUUUUGGGACAAUCGUGUUGUCGCCCAUCGUGCCGUUCCAGGCGGCUAUAAUCCUGCCGAGAGGGAAGGCAAGCGUACCGCGGUCUAUGGUGAGAAGCCAUUCCUCGAUCCGACCAACAGCGUCAGCUUGAGCCAGUAUCUAGCUGGCGAAAGAGCAUCGGCCGAUGGCGGUGACAGCAAUGGGCACGCCAACGGCAAGUCUGGCGAAAAGGAUGGCUACGCUGCUGAUGCGAACGGACACUGA